AUGGUGGCUGACAAGAAGGCCAGCAACCCCAUGCGGGACAUCCGCGUCUCUAAGCUGGUGCUGAACUGCUGCACCGGCGAGAGCGGAGAUCGCCUGCAGAAGGCCGCUAAGAUAAGCGCCUGUCGCCGCAGCAGGCGGCCUCAGCUGACCGGCCAGCAGCCCGUGUUCGGCAAGGCGCGCUACACCGUGCGCCAGUGGUCCAUCCGCCGUAACGAGAAGAUCUCGGCGCACGUGACUGUGCGCGGCGAGAAGGCGAUGCAGCUGCUGGUGCGUGGCUGCGCUGGCGCUGCUGCGGGCGCCUGCGGCCGGCCUGCUGCUGGUGGCAGUCUUGGUGCUGCUGCUGCUGCUGCCUGCUGCAUUGCUUCUGCUCUGUGCUGCUGCUGGUGCCGAGGCAUGGACUUCUAUGUUGUGCUGGAGCGCCCCGGCUACCGCGUGGCACGCCGCCGCAAGCAGCUGGCCAAGGUCGGCGUGCAGCACCGGGUGACCAAGGACGACGCCAUCAAGUGGUUCCAGCAGAAGUUCGAGGGUGUGGUGCUCAACAAGGCGCACGCCAGCUAA